AUGUCUCAGUCAAAGUAUGUGGGAUUCCUCGGAGGAGCCAACAAGUUUGGCAGGUGGAUCCCGGAGCCGGAGAUUAAAGCUCGGGCAGUUGCAGGUGGCGCAACCAUUGACUUCUCACAGGCCCUCUUCGUUCAUCCUGUCAUUACUGUCCAUGCACGGGCAUUCUGGGGUGGCGUCACUCUUGUCGUUCCGCCCAAUGUGACUGUGGAGCAGAACGGCCGCGCCAUCCUUGGCGGCUUCGGAGACGGCGGCGGUGUCUUCCACAGUAGCCAGGGCGCGGUACCCGAGACCUUGGCCAACUCCGGGGUCACCAUCCGGAUUGUGGGUACCGCCGUGAUGGGAUCGGUGAAUGCCGUGGUGAACCGCAAGGCGAGGCCUGGUGCACUCCUGACAAUGGCAGAGGCAGCUGCAAAGAUGCAAGACCCUCCUGAGCCAUCUACCACACGGGAGGACAUGCGUCAGCAGAUGCUGGGAGACGUGCUUGCUGCACGUGCCGCCCAGACGGCCCAGGCGCAAGCACUGCAGGCACAGGCAUUGCAGGCUCAGGCAAUGCAGGCACAGGCGAUCCAGCAGGCCUUGGGAGCUCACCAGGCUCAGCAGUUCCAGCAGUUCCAGCAGCAGCAGCAGCAGCAGCAACAGCAGCUACUCCAGCAGCAGCAACAACAGCAGCAGCAGGCCAUUCCUGUAGUCCAGGGCGUCCCGGUUCCGGAGGCCAAAGCCUAA